AUAGGUUUGAAUUCCAGGGUGAAACAUAGUAGGGGAAGAGGCUGAAUUCUAUGGAUAGUUUGUUCUGUUUCAGUUCUGUUUGUUCUCAGCUUGAAGGAGGACAGUCUUCGUGGGACAUUGGCAAGGGGAGAAGCCAACACGAGGCCACCAAAUACGGGUUCUCCCUAAUCAAGGGGAAAGCGAAUCAUCCCAUGGAGGAUUAUCAUGUUGCCAAGUUUGUUCAGAUUGAAAGGAAUGAACUUGGCCUCUUUGCAGUUUAUGAUGGGCAUCUCGGGGAGAGCGUGGCUGCAUAUUUACAGAACCAUUUAUUUCCCAAUAUUCUGAAAGAGGAGGAUUUCUGGACUCAUCCUCACAGAUCGAUCUUAAAAGCUUACGAGAAAACAGACCAGGCGAUUCUUUCACACAGCCCUGAUAUAGGCAUCGGGGGAUCCACUGCUGUCACUGCAAUUCUUGUAAAUGGUCAGAAGCUGUGGGUGGCUAACGUUGGGGACUCACGAGCAGUCCUUUCGAGGAAAGGGGUAGCGGUGCAGAUGUCCGUUGAUCACGAACCCAAUGCUGAGCGCGAGAGCAUUGAGGAUCGAGGCGGUUUCGUCACAAACAUUCCAGGAGAUGUUGCAAGAGUGAAUGCUCAGCUAGCUGUUUCUCGCGCUUUUGGAGACAAAAAUCUGAAGUCAUUCCUGCGAUCUGAUCCCGAUGUUACUACUGUUGACAUUGAUGGCAACACUGAUCUUCUCAUCAUUGCAAGCGACGGCCUGUGGAAGGUGAUGUCUAAUCAAGAAGCAGUGGAUAUUGCUAAGAAGGCCAAGAAUCCACAGAAGGCGGCCAAGAAAUUGGCCAUGGAGGCGUUAAACAGAGAAAGUAAAGACGAUAUUUCUUGCAUUGUUGUCCGGUUUAAAGAGUAA